CCCGCGGCCCGGCGGUGAAUGGUGUCCGUGCGACGGAACCCCGCGGCGCGGCGCGGGGAGCGGCCGGGCCGGGCCGGGGCGGCGGGGGGCGGAGCGGGGCCAGGAUGAGCACCAAGCAGGUCACCUGCAGGUACUACUUGCAAGGAGUGUGUCGGGAGGGAAGCAAGUGUCUCUUCUCGCAUGACUUGUCUACGAGCAAGUCCUCUACCAUCUGCAAGUACUACCAGAAGGGACAGUGUGCCUAUGGGACUCGGUGCAGGUACGACCACACCAGGCUCCCUGCCCCAGGGGGGGCAGCAGCCCCUGCGCCGACCCCCCGCUCCUCGGCCGCGCUGCACAACCCUCGCCACCCCCCUGAGCAGAGCGCGCCCAUCGUCCGGAGCAAGCUGCGCGAGACGGGCAAGCGGGAGAAGAAGACACUGGUGCUCAGGGACAGAAAUCUGUGUGGCUUGAAUGAAGAGAAGCAGAAGCCCGGCGCGGCGAGCGAGGUGGUGUGUUGCAGUGACCAAAAUGAUAACCUGGAAGUGAAGCCCCACUCCUACCUGGAAGCUAUCUGCAGUGGGCUGGAGGAGCCGGCGGCCGGCAGCGCCUGUGCCGAUGGGGAGCAGCUGUGUCCUUACGCGGCGGCGGGAGCCUGCCACUUCGGGGACCGCUGCCUCUACCUCCACGGGGACGUCUGCGAGAUAUGUGGCUUGCAAGUACUUCACCCUUUCGACCAGGAGCAGAGGAAGGCUCACGAGAUGAUGUGCAUGGCGACGUUCGAGCACGACAUGGAGAAGGCCUUUGCCUUUCAGGCAAGUCAGGACAAAGUGUGCAGUAUCUGCAUGGAAGUGGUGUACGAGAAACCCUCGGCCUCCGAGAGGAGGUUUGGGAUCCUUUCCAACUGCAACCAUACCUACUGCUUGUCUUGCAUCCGGCAGUGGAGAUGUGCCAAGCAGUUCGAGAAUCCCAUCAUAAAGUCCUGCCCAGAGUGCCGUGUGAUAUCCGAGUUUGUCAUCCCCAGUGCUUACUGGGUGGAAGACCAGGAGAAGAAAAACGAGCUGAUCGAAGCGUUUAAGCAGGGAGUGGGGAAAAAGCCCUGCAAGUACUUUGAACAAGGGAAAGGAACUUGCCCCUUUGGAGGGAAGUGUCUCUACCUUCACGCUUACCCAGACGGGACACGAGCGGAACCUGAGAAACCGCGGAAGCAGCUGAGCUCUGAGGGCACCGUGCGGUUCUUCAAUUCUGUCCGACUGUGGGACUUCAUCGAGGACCGGGAGAGUCGGACUGUGAGCAGCACAGAGGAUGGAGUCACGGAACUUGGAGAACUUUUCAUGCACCUUUCCGGGGCGGAUGAGGAUUCCACCACUUCUCAAUAAAGAGCCCCAAAGGUGGUGUCUUCUCCAGCGAGCGAGCUGGUGGUGAUUCAACUGUGCUUUUUACUCUCUACAGCACGCUUAGAGUGGCCGUGCCCCGUGGUUUACUUGUGCAGUCUUGGUAAAGUUUUCAGAUAGUUUUGGGUUGGGUUUGUUUGGGUUUUUUUUUUUUUGUAUGGCAACAAAAAUCCGAAAAUAUAUUUAAAAAGGUUAAACUGAUUGCAUGGAAAAAAAAAAUCCCUCCAUCCCAAGAGGGUUUUCUCCCUCUUUGGCCUAACGUGCGCUGUCUUGUGAGCUGAGUGGUCGUGUAAAUACAGCUCCUCUCUUACCAGUUAAAGCUUAAGCUGUUCAAAACUUGC